CGUCGGCUGUCGGAUUUCCGCUGCAACGGCGUGAAUUUACUCAAAUGCACAAGCGCGCCGGUUGCAAUGGAUGGUCCAGUAGGCGUGUCCCCUUUUUUCUUUUGAGUCUCAGUUCUGUGCUCUCCAACCACGACAGCGAGCCCUUGCGACGUCUAGUUGUAGCUCUUAAGAUCGCAAUACACAUCAAUUCUUCCCUAUUCAGUUCUUUCGGCAUCCAGAAGCUCAAUUGACCUCACAAUGGCGAUCUUCGACACACUGACAGCGCCCGCAUCCGCGAUCCUCAGCGCACUCACAUCUCAAGCCUGGCAACCACUAGUUUCAUUAUGCAAGAACGGCACGCUUUCGCAAUUGCAAAACAUACAGAUCGGAAGGCUUGUGGUGUUCGAGGGUGAAGAGAGCAAAGCGAAGAACGUGUUUGGCGCGGACAAGGAAGGAGUACCAGUUGCGUAUCUGCACGUACACGAUGAGAAGUUUUGGGUUCGAUUGGCUCUUUUUGCCGACAUGGGUUUCGCUGAAAGCUACAUGCUUGGAGAAGUCAGUUCGCCAGAUUUGACCAAGUUCUUCGAGCUCUUCAUCUUGAACCGCAACCACUUGGGGAAUGGCUCAAAUCUGACGGCAGCAUUCUCCUCAGGACUGGCAGGCCUAGUCCGAGGCAGCAACAACCUCAAGAACGCCAAGCUGAAUAUCAUGGCGCACUACGACAUUUCGAAUGAGAUGUUCGCUGCGUUUCUCUCCCCAGACAUGACAUACUCGAGCCCCAUCUGGCUACCAAAAUCUAAUCUGGAGUCAGCAGGCGAGAGCCUCUACGAUGCGCAGAUGCGCAAACUCGACCGAUUCAUCGACAACACACACAUCAAAGGAACAGAUCACGUUCUGGAGAUUGGCACAGGGUGGGGCAGCUUUGCCAUGCGAGCUGUGCAACGGACAGGCUGCAGAGUUACAUCUUUGACUCUGUCGAUCGAACAGAAAGAAUUGGCGGAGGAACGAAUCCGCGAGGCAGGCAUGUCAGAAAAUAUCACAGUGUUGCUCUGCGACUACCGAAGUUUAGAGGUGCCGGAAACAGGAGCUUUCGACAAGAUCGUAUCGAUCGAGAUGCUGGAAGCGGUGGGCCAAGCAUAUCUCAAGACAUACUUCCAGUGUGUGGACAAGCUGCUGAAAAAGGAGGGUGGAAUUGCUUGCUUCCAGUGCAUCACGAUGCCAGACGGUCGCUAUGAAGCAUACGCGAAGUCUGACGACUUUAUCCGCCGCUACAUCUUCCCAGGCGGCCACCUUCCGGCCGUCUCUGAGCUCGUCUCGUCUAUUCAGAGCGCAUCCAGCGGCUCGCUUGUGGUAGACAGCAUCGAGAACAUCGGCCCACAUUACUCGAAAGCGCUGCGUCUGUGGCGAGAAGAAUUCCUGAACAACUGGGACAGCAGGAUAAAGCCGCAGCUGAUCAAGGAGAAGGCUGGAGAACUGGACAACGAGGGCGCGGACAUCUUCAAGAGGAAGUGGGACUACUACUUCAGGUAUUCGGAAGCUGGAUUCUCGACAAAGACGCUAGGAGACGUCAUCAUCACGGUCGGAAGAGAGGGUGCGACGCAGAUGAUGGAGGACGUCCCGUUGUAAAACACGUCAGCCGGAGCAUAGCAGGCGCAAUCAUCUUUUGCUUUACGCAAUAUACCACAUAGGUGCUAUCCUAUACCAACCUAACUCUCAUUCACACCACACCCA